CAUACGCACAAAGCGUUUAGACUCCAGACUCCCACUAUAAAAUCGAUGCAUCCUGGCCUAACAAGUCACAGCACUACCAACCAAUAUCCAAACAUGUCCUCAAAGAAAUCUCUUCUCUCUGUCCUCUUCUUACUACUGAUAGCUUCUUCCAAUGAAGCAACAUCAUCAGCAUCUGAGGAAGCAAAAGCUCUCCUCAAAUGGAAAGCCAGUCUCUCUCAAACAGAGGCUCUCCGUUCAUGGUCCUUAAUUCCCAUUGCCAACGCUUCUGCCACCCAACAGAGCUCUCCAUGCAACUGGACCGGAAUCUCAUGCGAUCAUGCACACAACGUAUUUGAAAUAAACCUUUGGAAUACAAGCUUGCAAGGUAUGCUCGAUAAUUUUAGCUUCUCCUCCUUUCCCAACCUCAUCAACCUCAAUCUUAGCCAAAACUCACUCCAUGGAACCAUUCCAACCCCAAUCGGUUCUCUUUCAAAACUCGUCUUUCUUGAUUUGUCUGCCAAUCAACUGUCAGGUACCUUGCCUCCUUCACUAGCUAAUCUUACUCGCAUUCUAGAGCUCAACCUUUCUGAUAACAUGAUAACCGGUGAAAUAUCCCCUCAUUUCUUUGCCAAUUGGACCAGACUCAUCUCUCUUCAACUCUAUACCAAUCAACUCACCGGAGAAGUUCCAUCAAGAAUUAGCUUUCUGAAAAAUCUUCGCCACUUGGACCUCUCCGAAAAUCAUAUAGUCGGUUCGAUACCUCCAGAAAUAGGAAUGCUUAAAGAUCUCCUCACCCUUAGAUUGCACAAAAACAAUCUCACAGGCGCCAUCCCUCCUUCCCUUGGAAAUUUGAGAAGCCUAACCGAACUCUCCCUACCUGAAAAUCAGCUCACUGGUCCAAUCCCUCCAGCUUUUGGCAAUUUGAGCAGCUUGACUUCACUCUCUCUACGCUAUAAUCACUUAUCUGGUUCAGUACCUCCAGAAAUCUCAAAUCUAACACGUUUGGAGAUUCUCUCUUUGGUUGAAAACAAUUUUUCAGGCCAGCUACCUCAAGUAUGCCAAGGCGGUUCACUCAGACGCUUCUCUGCCAAAAAAAACCAUUUCACUGGUCCCAUCCCUGAAAGCCUGAGAAACUGCACCACCUUAAUAAGAGUUCGGCUCGAACAUAAUCAGCUCACUGGAAAUAUAUACCAAGUUUUCGGAGUAUAUCCUAAUUUAGAGUACAUUGACCUGAGUUACAAUAGAUUGCAUGGCGAGCUGUCGCCUAAUUGGGGAGAGUGUCGAAACCUAACACUCCUAAAAAUCUCCAACAACAAUAUUACUGGUACAAUUCCGCUGCAAAUUGGACAAUUGAGUAGGCUACAAGAGCUCGAUCUUUCAUCAAACAACUUAGAAGGAAAGGUUCCUAGUACCCUUGGGAUGUUGUCUAUGCUUUACAAGUUGAGUUUAAACAAUAACCAACUAUCCAGUCCGGUACCGGGUGAAAUUGGAAAACUAUCCAAUUUGGAGAUUCUUGAACUAUCGAAGAACAAACUGAGCGGGCCAAUACCUCAACAACUGGGGGACUGCUCCAAAUUGUCGUAUUUGAGCAUGAGUGAGAAUUAUUUGAAUGGAAGCAUUCCAUUUCAGAUAGGAAAUCUAGUAGGCCUACUGUAUACAUUAGACCUCAGCCAUAACUUCCUUUCGGGAGAGAUACCUGGACAACUAGGAAAACUGCACAUGUUAGAAAAGCUAAAUCUCUCCCACAAUUUGCUCUCUGGUUCCGUCCCAUCAUCUUUCAAAGAGAUGAUCAGUUUAUAUUCCAUCAACUUUUCAUAUAAUGAAUUGGAGGGCCCUCUUCCUGACAGCAAAGCCUUUCACCUGGCUCCAUUGGAGGCAUUCAUUGAAAACAAAGGUCUAUGUGGUGAAGUGAAAGGUUUGUUACCAUGUAAUUCCUCUUCAAUAAACCCUGUUAGCGGAAAGAAAGACAAAAAAGUUGUGUUCUUCAUCGUUAUUCCCCUUGUGGCAGCAUUAUUUCUUCUAUUUGUAAUUGCUGUCAUUUGCUUUAUUUUUCUCCGGAAAACGAGAAACGUAGAGAAAGGGGCCAUAGAAGUAAACAAUGGAAAUCUAUUUUCAAUAUGGAAUUUUGAUGGAAAGACUGUGUAUGAAGACAUCAUCAGAGCAACCAAGGAUUUUGACAACAAAUAUUGCAUUGGGGUGGGUGGGUACGGGACAGUUUAUAAAGCAAAUCUACAAACUACUCAGGUAGUAGCUAUAAAAAAACUUCACCCAUUAGAUGGGGGUGUAGUGGACCAGAGAAGCUUUAUAAAUGAGAUACAAGCACUAACAGAAAUUCGACAUCGCAACAUCGUGAAGCUCUAUGGGUUUUGUUCGCAUGCUCGGUGCUCAUUUCUAGUGUACGAGUACAUGGAAAGGGGAAGCUUAGCUUGCAUCCUCAGCAGUGAGGAAGGAGCUGUAGAAUUGGAUUGGGUGAAGAGGAUGAACAUCAUUAAAGGCAUAGCCCAUGCUUUAUCAUACAUGCACCAUGAUCACACCCCUCCUAUAGUUCAUCGGGACUUAACGAGCAACAACAUUUUGUUGGAUUUGGAAUUUGAGGCCUGUGUCUCUGACUUCGGCACCGCUAGGCUCGUAAAACCAGAUUCAUCAAACUGGUCCGAACUUGCAGGCACUUGCGGAUAUGUAGCUCCAGAGCUUGCAUACACAAUGAGGGUGACUGAGAAAUGUGACGUAUAUAGCUUUGGGGUUAUAUCACUUGAACUCGUAAUGGGAAGGCAUCCUGGAUUUCUCUUCUCAUCCUUGGCAUCAUCAGGUGGCCAAGAUACAUUGUUGAUGGAUUUGUUAGAUCAACGUCUCCCUCUUCCUGUGCCUCAAGACAGAAAGGAUGUGGUUUCUUGUGUGAUGUUGGCAAUUGCAUGCUUGCGUGCCAAUCCUCACUCUCGGCCCACCAUGCGGCACGUGUCGCAGGAGCUAUCUGCAUGCAGGGAUCCUCUUCCUGAGGCUUUCCACAAGAUUACAUUGUCUCAACUGUCGGAUAUCCAGGUGUGAUUGAGUAAUAGGAGGAGAUGACAGGGAAGAAAAGGAAAAACCAUGGAAUAUGGAGCAGAUCAGUCAUCAAACUAGUGAGCCUUUCGUCAAUGGUUUUUCUAUUUUAAAAUAGAUAAAUACACCUACUCAGGAGAACGCAUCAACCUAACCCACACAGCACGGAGAAAUAUCAAUUUGUGGAUGUUGAAGUGUUUGUAUAUUUGUGUCCUUAGAUGUUCCUCUUGUAGUUGUACCUUGAUAUUCAAGCAUUUGUCUAUUCUUUGA